CCGAAGUCUUCCUUUUUCUGAGAAUGUGAGUGCUGUUCAAAAAUUAGACUUUUCAGAUACAAUGGUGCAACAGAAAUUGGAUGAUAUCAAGGAUCGAAUUAAGAGAGAAAUAAGGAAAGAACUGAAAAUCAAAGAAGGAGCUGAAAAUCUGAGAAAAGUCACAACAGAUAAAAAAAGUUUGGCUUAUGUGGACAACAUUUUGAAAAAAUCAAAUAAAAAAUUAGAAGAAUUACAUCACAAGCUACAGGAACUAAAUGCACAUAUUGUUGUAUCAGAUCCAGAAGAUGUUACAGAUUGCCCACGGACUCCAGAUACUCCCAGUAGUGACUCUCGUUGUUCCACCAGCAAUAAUAGGUUGAUGGCCUUACAAAAACAAUUGGAUAUAGAACUUAAAGUAAAACAAGGUGCAGAGAACAUGAUACAGAUGUAUUCGAAUGGAUCCUCAAAGGAUCGAAAACUCCAUGGCACAGCUCAGCAACUGCUCCAAGACAGCAAGACAAAAAUAGAAGUGAUACGAAUGCAGAUUCUUCAAGCAGUCCAGACCAAUGAAUUGGCUUUUGAUAAUGCCAAACCUGUCAUAAGUCCUCUUGAACUUCGAAUGGAAGAAUUAAGGCAUCAUUUUAGGAUAGAGUUUGCAGUAGCAGAAGGUGCAAAGAAUGUAAUGAAAUUACUUGGCUCAGGAAAAGUGACAGACAGAAAAGCACUUUCAGAGGCUCAAGCAAGAUUUAAUGAAUCAAGUCAGAAGUUGGACCUUUUGAAGUAUUCACUAGAGCAAAGAUUAAAUGAACUUCCCAAGAAUCAUCCCAAAAGCAGUAUUAUUAUUGAGGAGCUUUCACUUGUUGCAUCACCAACACUAAGCCCACGUCAAAGUAUGAUUUCUACCCAAAACCAAUAUAGUACCCUGUCCAAACCAGCAGCACUAACAGGUACUUUGGAAGUUCGUCUUAUGGGCUGCCAAGAUAUCCUGGAGAACGUCCCCGGACGGUCGAAAGCAGCAUCCGUUGCACUACCUGGUUGGAGUCCAAGUGAGACCAGAUCAUCCUUCAUGAGCAGAACGAGUAAAAGUAAAAGCGGAAGUAGUCGAAAUCUCCUAAAAACUGAUGACUUAUCCAAUGAUGUCUGUGCCGUUUUGAAGCUGGACAAUACUGUGGUUGGUCAGACUAGCUGGAAACCCAUUUCCAAUCAGUCGUGGGACCAGAAGUUUACACUGGAACUAGACAGGUCACGUGAACUGGAAAUUUCAGUUUAUUGGCGUGAUUGGCGAUCUCUGUGUGCUGUAAAAUUUCUGAGGUUAGAAGAUUUUUUAGACAACCAACGGCAUGGCAUGUGUCUCUAUUUGGAACCACAGGGUACUUUAUUUGCAGAGGUUACCUUUUUUAAUCCAGUUAUUGAAAGAAGACCAAAACUCCAAAGACAAAAGAAAAUUUUUUCCAAACAACAAGGCAAAACCUUUCUCAGAGCUCCUCAAAUGAAUAUUAAUAUCGCCACUUGGGGAAGACUUGUGAGAAGAGCUAUUCCUACAGUAAAUCAUUCUGGCACCUUCAGCCCUCAAGCCCCUGUGCCUGCUACGGUGCCAGUGGUUGAUGUACGCAACCCUGAAUUAGCACCUCCAGCUAGUGAUUCCACAGUAACCAAGUUGGACUUUGAUCUUGAACCUGAGCCUCCUCGAGCCCCACCACGUGAUUCUUCCCUUGGUGAAAUAGAUGAAUCUGCAAGAGAUUUGGAUACACCAGGACAGGAUUCAGAAACUGUUUUUGAUACUGAGAAUGACAGAAAUAGAAUACUUCCAAAAUCUCAAUCUGAAUAUGAGCCUGAUAUCCCUCAGUCAGGCCUAGAGUAUAGUGGUAUUCAUGAACUUGAGGACAGAAGAUCUCAACAAAUGUUUCAAUUCAAUCUACAAGACUUCAGGUGUUGUGCUGUCUUGGGUAGAGGUCAUUUUGGAAAGGUGCUUUUGGCUGAAUAUAAACACACAAAUGAAAUGUUUGCAAUAAAAGCCUUAAAGAAAGGAGACAUUGUGGCACGAGAUGAAGUAGACAGCCUGAUGUGUGAAAAAAGAAUUUUUGAAACUGUGAACAGUGUAAGGCAUCCCUUUUUGGUGAACCUUUUUGCAUGUUUCCAAACCAAAGAGCAUGUUUGCUUUGUAAUGGAAUAUGCUGCCGGUGGGGACCUAAUGAUGCACAUUCACACUGAUGUCUUUUCUGAACCAAGAGCUGUAUUUUAUGCUGCAUGUGUAGUUCUUGGGUUGCAGUAUUUACAUGAACACAAAAUUGUUUAUAGAGAUUUGAAGUUGGAUAACUUAUUGCUAGAUACAGAGGGCUUUGUGAAAAUUGCUGAUUUUGGUCUUUGCAAAGAAGGAAUGGGAUAUGGAGACAGAACAAGCACAUUUUGUGGCACUCCUGAAUUUCUUGCCCCAGAAGUUUUAACAGAAACAUCCUAUACAAGGGCUGUAGAUUGGUGGGGCCUUGGUGUCCUUAUAUAUGAAAUGCUCGUUGGUGAGUCUCCCUUUCCUGGUGAUGAUGAAGAGGAGGUCUUUGACAGUAUUGUAAAUGAUGAAGUAAGGUAUCCAAGGUUCUUAUCUACAGAAGCCAUUUCAAUAAUGAGAAGGUUAUUAAGAAGAAAUCCUGAGCGACGCCUUGGAGCUGGUGAAAAAGAUGCAGAGGACGUGAAAAAACACCCAUUUUUCCGACUAAUUGAUUGGAGCGCUCUGAUGGACAAAAAAGUUAAGCCACCAUUUGUACCUACAAUUAGAGGACGAGAAGAUGUUAGUAAUUUUGAUGAUGAAUUUACCUCAGAAGCACCUAUUCUGACUCCACCUCGAGAACCAAGGAUACUUUCAGAAGAGGAGCAAGAAAUGUUCAGAGAUUUUGACUACAUUGCUGAUUGGUGUUAAGUUCCUACACACUGUGAAACCAAGCAGACUGACUCACAAGAAGACCUCUUAAAAAUAGCAGCCCUUCAUUUGCUCU